AUGGCUCUUAAAAGAAUCCAGAAGGAACUGCAAGACCUUGGCCGUGAUCCACCAGCGCAGUGCAGCGCCGGACCUGUUGGGGAUGAUCUGUUCCACUGGCAAGCAACAAUUAUGGGUCCUCCAGAGUCACCUUACCAAGGUGGAGUGUUUUUCUUGACAAUUCAUUUUCCGACAGAUUAUCCUUUCAAACCGCCAAAGGUAGCGUUCACAACUCGCAUAUACCAUCCAAAUAUCAACAGUAACGGAAGUAUCUGCCUGGAUAUAUUGCGCUCUCAAUGGUCUCCAGCCUUGACAAUUUCAAAAGUCCUGCUGUCUAUUUGCUCACUUCUUUGUGAUCCAAAUCCGGAUGAUCCUCUUGUACCCGAAAUAGCUCGUAUUUACAAAACUGAUAGGGAUCGUUAUAAUCAAUUGGCUCGUGAAUGGACGCAGAAGUAUGCCAUGUGA